AUGUACGUCUGUUCUCCAUAUAUCAAAUUAGCCAUCACAAUUUACUUCUCAUCUUCGGUGAAGGCAUAUGUGCAGCAGCCAGAGAGCAGAGUGUUUACUUUUGACAUAGAAUAUGCUAGAUGGCUAGAGGACCAAAAUAAGCAGAUAAAUGAGUUGAGUACUGCAGUGAAUGCUCAUGCAAGUGACAGUGAUCUACGACUUAUUCUAGAUGGCGUAAUGGCACAUUAUGAUGAAAUAUUCGAGGUCCAAGGUGUUGCUGCAAAGGCUGAUGUAUUUCAUAUACUUUCAGGCAUGUGGAAGACACCUGCUGAAAGGUGCUUCCUGUGGCUUGGGGGUUUUCGUCCAUAUGAGCUUUCAAAGCAAGCAGAGGAUGCGUUCUCACAGGGCAUGGAAGCAUUGCAGCAAUCUUUGGCAGAGACUUUGGCUGGAUCUCUUGGUCCAUCAGGUUCUUCAGGAAAUGUGGCAAACUACAUGGGUCAGAUGGCCAUGGCCAACUUGGGACACUAG